AUGGAUUAUCCCGAGGGCACGAUUAGACGAUCAUAUAGUGCAAGUGAACUGAUGAGAUUUCGUUCACUCCCUAGGCAAUGGAUUAUACCUAAUCAAGAAGUAUUGUCAAAAUUAAAAUAUCUAGGAAUAUUAAACUUUAGAAGAGCGCGAGCAGGGAUUAAAACACACAAUGGACACCGAAGAAUUAAAAAGCAAACUUGUGUAAAUCUCUCAAAUCUUAUAUAUCCAAAACGAUGUAAUACUCUAAGCAAUUUUACAGAGAAUGUUACCUGCUUGACUGUAAAUUGCCGAUCAUUAGUCAGAAAAGAUGUACUUGUUGGACAACUGCUCCGUGAACAGAAAGUUGACUUUGCCAUUCUGACCGAAACCUGGUAUUCUGAUGAAAAACAAUAUCAAUUUGAGACCUCGGAUCUGAACCAAAAUGGUUACAAAAUCAGUGUUUCAAACCGUCAAAACAGAAUUGGCGGUGGUGUUGCCCUUACAUGUCGUAGUGGUGUUAACAUGCGUAGACUGCUUUCCGGUGCAAAAUCAAGCUUUGAGUACGGAGUGUGGCAAUUAAUCUUCAAAAGCAUUACAAUUCACUGUGUUGGUAUAUAUAGACCUCCAUCUUUGGCAACACCAAAUCAAUUUGUGACAGAAUUCUUUCAGUUCCUAGAAGACAUAGUUCCGAAGUAUUUAAAUCUAAUGAUUAUGGGAGAUUUUAACUUACACAUUCAUGAUGACAGUAGCGCUGUUUCAGAGUUCAAUAAUUCCCUGUUUGCUCUCGGUUUGCUACAACAUGUUGACUUUCCAACUCAUGUGCACGGCCAUAGUCUUGAUCUAGUGAUCACCGAACUCGCAAAUGGCGUUGAUCUACUCUCAUGUGAACCAGGUCCGUUUUUGUCAGACCACUGUGCUGUUAAAGUAGUCACGAGGGUAAAAAAGGAGAACAUUGUGAGCAAAUCUAUUUCUUUCCGGCACUUUAAAGAUAUGGACAACGAGGGUUUCGCUAACGACCUUAAUCAAAUGGCAAUAUGUACUGAUUCUGUGGAAAAUUUUGUUGACCAGUUUGAGACUGAGAUCGAGAAACUCCUUAAUACACAUGCACCUAUGAAAGAGAAAAUUCAAAUAUGUAGAGCACCGAAGCCCUGGUUCAGUGAAAGUAUUAUGUCCCUGAAACGAGUGAUGCGUCGAUCAGAGAGACUUUGGCGCAAACAUCGGCAACCCAAGGACUAUGAAAUUUAUAAGUCCGCACUUCACAAAUAUCACUAUGAACUUAGAAAUGUGAAACAAUUAACACUUAGUCAGAAGGUAAUUGAAUCAAAAGGUAACUCUAAAAAGCUUUAUCAAUUUGUGAAAGAUCUUACCGGAAGCAAGUCAGAAAACCCAAUGCCACCCGUGGAAGAUGAAAACACCCUUGCGGAUAAAUUCGCAGACCAUUUUAUGGACAAGAUCAAGAAGAUACGCGAGUCUCUGAAAGAUUUUGAAAACUAUAAACCUUUGGUCAAAGACGUACCACCGUUUGGAUCUUUCGAAAGUCUUUCAGAGGAUGAGAUUAAAAUGCUCAUAAGUCAGUUACAAACUAAAUCUUGUGAGCUUGACAUUUCUGCCCACCAAAGUAUUGAAAUCAUUUCUCAAUGA